GAGAGAGGAGUCAACUUCUGCGAGGGGAGGAAACCGACGGAUAUUUUUCGCCUGAGCGACAAAAGCCGUCAACUCUGGAAUCAGUGUGCAAGAUGCAUCCUCUAAAGGCAAACGUCGACAAACUGUCAGGGGAUUAAAGCCUUGAAGAACAGGACAUCGAAUAUGCAAUUCUUUUGCAUUCAGUUCUACGCAUGAAGUUAAUCAGAAGACUCGUAGAAGAACAGGUGGGCAAUGUUAUUCCAAAGUCCAUGACUUCACUCCAACGUCCCACUCCUUCUCAGAAUGCUGGACUGACUGCUGAGGAAUGGCAUCGGCGAUAUUCGAGGGGACGUCUCUGGUCAACAUGUUUGUCAAGGAUUGCUGGGUGAACGGGAUCCGGAGACUGAUCAUAAAUCAGCGAGGAGAGGAAGAAGAAUUCUACGAGAUCAGAACCGAGUGGUCAGACAGAAACGUUUUGUAUUUGCACAGGAGUUAUUCCGAUUUUGGGAGAUUGUUCAAAAGACUGGUUGAAUCAUUCCCUGAGGACAGAAGAGCUCUCUCCAAGUCGCCGCUUAUCGAAGGUCUGGUUAAGAUUAAAGAGGCCAGUGACAUUGAGCUGAAACUAAAUGAGGUGGAGAAGCUACUGAAGAAUGCAAUCAACAUGCCAUGGAAGUAUUCUAGGUCAGAGGUGGUGUUGACAUUCUUUGAGCGAUCACCGCUGGACCAAGUGCUGAAAAAUGACAACGUCCACAAGAUCCAGCCAUGCUUCCAGAGUCCAUACAAGAUAUCAGAGAUCAUGCGUUCCAAUGGCUUCUGUCUGGCCAACACUGAGACAAUCGUGUUUGAUGAGAGUCUGCCACAGGACGCAGAGAGACCCUCAUCCACUGACUCUGCUGCUGGCUCUGCAGAACACCUGUACGAGGAUGGCAGGGAGUUCCUGACGGUGGAACCAGACAUCAGUGACGAUGACUCCGAUGCCUACGUCACAAACCUGUCUUACUACCAUCUGGUCCCCUUUGAGACGGACAUCCUGGAAUGAGGAGCCAAAAUGGCUGACGGUUAGCAUCACUGCCUGCUCAGAUGCUGUCAGAAACCAACCCAUGUCAUGUGACCUAGCUGUGGACAGCUUUGUCCAGCAUGUUGGCCACAAAUGUUACAGUAGCUGCACAACUUCACCGAUUAACUUUGCUACUGCUGCUUAAAGGCCAACGUUUGUCAUGGCAGCUUUGUCUCUGUCGAAUCGGAGAGCAGAUCCUGGGGUUCAGCGGCUGUAUGGACAGACAUACACACAGACUGUAGUAUUACUCACAGCAAGAUUGUAUAUAGAGAGAUUUAAUAUCACUGGCUUACAAAGUCCAAUGUCUGUGAUAUCACCAGUGUGCCUCGUCCUCUAUCCUCAAGAUGUGGUUAUAAGGAAAUAAGGAGAUUGCCCAUUUCUUGCUUCCUGUGUCCUCUCUCCUCUACAAUUGUGCAUUUUAGUUUUCUUUGGGAUUGAACUUGGUGUACUUCAUAGAACUGUGUUCAGUAUCAGCCUUAAACUGCAGUCUUGUCAUUACAACCAGUAUUACGAAAGAUUAUUGUUUUAUGUGGAGUGAUAGCUUGACUUUUCUAAUUGGGAUUGAAUGGGAAAUUAACUUUUUUUUGGUUCAAUGUGACUUUUCCUCACCACACCACACCUAUACCUACCACACCUAUAUGUUAGGACGACAGGUUAGGGAUGUUAUUGUGUUCAAAACAUCAAAUCGGAACACUACAUCACUGUAUGAAUGACAGUACCAGAUUGGUUUGAGUAGCAAAAAUUGAACAGUUGCGUAAUCUUCGUCUAGGGGAUUGUUAUCAUGUGCAUAGUGUACGCAAGCAGUGUUUUGCUGGUUCAAGCAAGGCCAUGUCAGACCCUGUAUUAUGCUGUAUAGGCUACUGUAAUUCCACAACUCAGUCCAACAGCUGACUAUAGUCUCUGUGUGGGAGUCGGCAGCGUAGCCAGCCACUGGAGAAACAAAUAUUCUCUGUUUCUAAAGAUAACAAAUGACAAUGUUGUGUGGAAAACCACUAUAAGGGAAUUUAGGCCAACACUGGAUUUUUCCUCUUCCUGUUGUUUGGCAAAUAAACAUCAGUUUAAACACAGCCACAACAUGAUUUCCCCAAUAUCACUAAAUAAGACAUCAUUUGGACACCAAACAUGUGGGAAUGGCACAUUUGAAAAUAUGGCAUGCCCCAACAUGGUUUCUGUCCACAUUUCAAGUCAAAUUAAAGAUGAAAAAAACAAAA